AUGAUUAGAGAAAUAGUUAAACUAAAAGAAGUGAAGCUAGAUAAAACUCGAUGUGGUAUUUCAGAGUGUAUUUACUGCUUAACUAGUGUCGGUGUUACAAUUAUGACAUCAACUCUUAGCUAUUCUUUUCUCUUUUACACUAGAGCUUUAAGACUUCCUACUAAAUUAGCUCCAUAUCGAUCUGACACAGUUUACCCAGCAGGGUUGUCAAAAGAAAGUCUGAACUUGUUUGUCCGAGUGGUUAAGGAGUUAGACUUGAAAUCUAAUGGGCUCGCCCGCACAGGUUCGAACCCUGUAGCUGACGUUUUGCUUUUGUGGUCAUUUUUAGUUGUCGUUCCCGAUCUGGGUUGGUCUUCCUUUUACUAUAACAAAGUCAAAAGUCAUUAUACUGCGGUUAAUGCUCAGGAAGAUAUUACUGCGCAUAAAGAAGUACUGCGGUUAACUAUCUUCAGAUUUUACGGAUUCAUCAAAAUAAUGUCCGACAUAAUAAUGGCGGGCAUUAUUUUGAAAAUUGUUAACUUGGUUACACGUAUAUAA